UAGUCGAAACAAAUUGCGGUUGCAAGAAGGCAAUGAUUUGUCUGUAUUGUGAUAAUAGUCAAGAUAAAUGCACGUGCAGAGCACCGAUCGAAAAAUGUUCGUACUGCGGGCUGCCAUUAGAUGUUUGUGACUGCCAAAAUGAUGAAGAUCACAAUAAUGAACGAAUUGCUAGAAAGCCGGAUGAGGAUCGAGCAAUCCGAGUUACUAGUUGGAAGCCGAAGAGAGAAAUCAGACGAUAUUUCGCGAGAAAUCUCGAGGAUUUUCCGUCAGAUUCUAUUGAAGAAUGUUACUGCUACGAGAAACCGAAACGACAACGACGCGAAGAGCUGCCUUAUCAAAGGUUGAAUAUCUUUUCGGAUGUGAUGAACGAACUGCAGCAAAAGAUGAGCGAAUCCGUAUGCUGCUCACGAUGCUGGAGAAAUCCGUGCUGCUGCGGAUCGCGAAUUGAUCAAGAAGAUAAAGAAGAAAAAAGGAAAGCUAAUGUUAGAUAUUCUAAAACAGAAAAGUCACCUAACAGGAGCAAGUCGCCGAAUAAUUGCCGGUUAAGUCCCGAAAACAAGCAUAAAAAUACGGUUAAAAAAUCGAUUUUAGUUCGACGUAUUGAUUGCGUUUGUAAAUUGUCGCCAUGCAGAUGCAGAAAAAACAGACUAUACAAAAGACCACUGGCAAAAUGUUAUUAUUGCAAAAGUUUGCCUUGCACCUGCAUUAUAACAGGUAGCCCGGUAACCGAGGCCGUGCAAGUGCAGUGAUUCAUCCAAAUCCUUCCGAACAAAAGUAAAGACAAAAUGAGCUCAAUUUGAGAACAAAUACGGAAAGAUCAAUGAUAAGUUAGUAGUAAUUUACAAUUAAUGAUCAGUUAAAUAAAUGUUACAUGUGUGAUGUUACAGUAUA